ACACUUAAGCUCACACUCUCAAGCUCACUCUCUGACGUUGUUCCUCUCAUUUCUUAAGAUGGCAAAAGAUAUGAUUAAAAGAUGGAUAUUGGAAGAUGAGGAUGGUGAUUAUGACGAUGAGCUUGGCUUGUUUGAUGUGGCUACUGAGAGAGUGAGUCAUCGAACAGAUAGAGGAGCAGGAUGGCGUUAUGUUCAACAGCUUAUGUAUGAAUCUGAUCAGCAGUGCUAUGAUAUUCUUCGGAUGCAUCAGAGAACUUUUAAAGCUUUGUGUAAGUUGCUAACUGAGCAAUAUGGAUUGAAGGAGUCUCACAACGUCUACCUUGAGGAAUCUGUUGCAAUGUUUCUUGAGGUUGUUGGUCAAGACAAGACUAAGCGGGUUAUUGCUUCAAGGUAUCAAAGAUCAUUGGAUACGGUACAAAGGAAGCUUGAUGAUGUCUUAUGUGCUCUUCUCAAGUUUGCAGCAGAUACACUAAGACCACAAGAAGGCGAGUUUGAAAGAGUAAGUCCUGUUGUGAGGAAUGAUCGUCAGUAUUGGCCUCAUUUCAAAGAUUGUGUCGGAGCACUUGAUGGAACGCAUGUCCCGGUUCGUCCUCCAAGUCAGAAUGCAGAAGCCUAUAAUGGUAGAAAAGGAGUUACAAUGAAUGUUCUUGCUAUAUGUAACUUCGAUAUGAAGUUCAUAUAUGCAUAUGUCGGAGUACCUGGUAGAGCACAUGAUUCAAAGGUCUUGACUCAUUGUGCGAGGAAUGAGGCUUCUUUCCCACAUCCUCCUCCUGGAAAGUACUACCUAGUUGAUUCCGGAUACUCGACCAGGACAGGGUAUCUUGGUCCGCAUCGUAAUAUGCGAUAUCAUAUUCCUCAAUUUCGUAGAGGAGGACCACCAGUUAGUGCACGAGAGCUGUUUAACAAAAGGCAUUCAAGUCUGCGAUCAUACAUUGAGAGGACAUUUGGAGUAUGGAAAGCAAAAUGGAGGAUUUUGGACCGUAAGCAUCCAAAAUAUGGUCUGGUCAAGUGGAUUAAGUUGGUGACAGCGACGAUGGCGUUACACAACUUCAUACGUGAUUCACAUCGGGAUGAUCAAGAUUUUUUAGAAUGGGAAAAUGUUGAUGUUGGAGUUGCUCAUAGUGAUGGUGAAGAAGAAGAAGGUGAUGAUGAUGAUGAUGAUGAUGAUGAUGGUGGUGGUGGACAUAUUGAAUAUGAACCGAGAGGUGAUACAGCAAUGGAGGCUUUGCGUGAUAACAUCACAAACGGAUUUGGUAGAGGUCGUUUACCAUAUUAAAUCAUGUUUAAGUUAAUGAUUUUUUUUUAAGACUUGUUGUAAUAUUUGUUUUAUCAACCAACUUAAUUUCAUGUUUCUUUUAUCUAUAAAACAUAUUUGCCUUAUUUGUUUG